UGUAACUAGUAGUUCAUAUCAGAUAUGAUUCGGUGAUAAAUCUGAAAGGUAAAAAAUAUGGAAUAGUUAAAGGGUACGGGUUUAAAUCAAAAGUCCGUUGCUUUUCAAAUUACGUAAAAUUUUGUCAACUAAAAUUGCAGUCAUAUUUAUAAGUGUGGAUUUAUUGCAAAUUUUAACAAUUGGUUAUAGUUUGUAAAUUAGUUUAUAUCGAUUAUCUCUUUACUAUUGAUUACUUGAAUUGAUCUUAUCAUUUAUCAAUAGUAAAUAGACCAUUAUUGCAAAAAUGACUACAGAUACUACUGUUGAUCCAGCACUGUCACUUCAACCUGCAGCAUAUACUGAUAAAACAGGAGCAUUUAAACGUAAACCUUCUCAAUUCAGAGAUUGGAUUAGUUCAGAACCAAAUGCUAAAUUCCCUCCUGAAUUGAAUCGAUAUCAUUUAUAUGUCUCGUAUACAUGUCCAUGGGCUCAUCGUACAUUGAUUACGAGAGCUUUAAAAGGGUUAACUGGAGUCAUAUCUGUUUCUAUUGUGCAUUGGUUACUUGAUGAUAAAGGGUGGAAGUUCACUAAUUCUGAAGAAUCAGUAUCAUUUGCCCUUAAAAAUAAAGAUUCAUUAGGAACUGAAGAUCAUUUAUAUGGUUAUGAUAGAUUAAGACAAUUAUAUUUUAAAGCUGAACCUGAAUAUGCUGGUAGAUUUACAGUUCCAGUAUUGUGGGAUAAGAAAUUACAAACCAUUGUAAAUAAUGAAUCCAGUGAAAUCAUUAGAAUGUUAAGUAAUGAGUUCAAUGCAUUUAUUCCUAAACAAUUUGCUGAAAUCAAUAUUUAUCCGGUUUCAUUACAACCUAGAAUCAAUGAACUUAAUGAAUUGAUUUAUGAGAAUAUUAAUAAUGGAGUUUAUAAAUCUGGUUUUGCCAUUCAACAAGAUCCAUAUGAUGAAGCCGUUACUACUCUUUUUGAGCAUUUAGAUAAAGUGGAAGAAAUAUUUAAACAAAAUCAUAACAAGGGUGAACAUUUUUUAAUUGGAGGUCAAUUAACUGAAGCUGAUAUUCGAUUAUAUGUUACUAUUGUUAGAUUUGAUCUUGUUUAUCAUCAACAUUUCAAAUGUAAUUUAAAGAUGAUUAGAUAUGAUUAUCCUCAUAUUGAUCAGUGGCUUAGAUAUUUAUAUUGGAAAGUACCAGGGUUUGAAGAAACCACUGAACUUGAACUUAUAAAGACACUGUAUACCACAUCUCAUACUCAAAUAAAUCCAUAUGGAAUAACUCCAAAGGGACCAUUACCUUUAAUUUUACCAUAUGAUUCAAGUUUAUAGUUUUAUGUAAUUCGUAUAUCUAGUUGUAGUAAUAUACAGGAAUUUACUUAUAUCUUUUCUAAUAAUACUAUUAAACCAUAAUUUACUGGUCAAUAACUAUGUCAGCUGUGUCUCACAGCUACGUGAUAACUAUCAAUCUGACAAACAUGGUUAACUACUUUAAAAUAAAAAUGGGUUAAACCAUAAUUGUUGAUAUUUAUUUGUCAUGCAUAGAUGACAUACAAAUGAUC